UCUUAUAUACACGACCGCGCGACCGCGGCGCCCAAACGCCCCGCGUAUACGCUAGCAACCGGACCGUUGAAAUAACAUGUGCAAUAUGUGUGUGAGAGACAUCGCGCCGGCUGUCGUGGAGGCCCCGCCGCCGAAGACUAGACCUAACCGGAGCAUAGAACGCAUGAAGCUGAAGCACAACAUCGUGACGGAUCCCACUGAUGAGGAGAAGCUCCGGGAGGUGGCCUACCAGCCCGACCUGCUGGCCGUCUCCACGCAGUACACCAAGCUCGGCUACGACCUGGUGAAGCAGGCGGCGCAUCGGAUACAGGAGACCAAGACUUAUGUAGUGCUGACCCGCUGCACGCAGCCGUUCCACGUGGCGCUGGCCGCGCUGGUGCUGCUGGCGUGGCUGGCGCGGCCCGGCGCCGCCGUGGGAACCGCGCGCGGCUGGCGGGCGCUGUACGUGGCAGCUGUCGCCACGCAUCUCGGCGCGCAAGUGUGGAUGACGCUUAUUUCUGGCGUGGUGCUGUACUUCUCCCUCCCCCGGCACGAGUUCGGUCGCGUUCAGGCGGUGCUGUUCCCCGUGUACUUCGCCUUCAACGCCGGCGUCAGCCUGCUGGCGCUGCUGGGCUACCUGCAGCUGCAGUGUGUUACUGGCUUCCAGAGGACCAGCUGGGUGCAGUUGGCACUGCUUCUAUCGGUGUUCAGUAUAGAGGCGUACGUGCGUCUGUACCUGGUGAAGCCCAUGCUGCGCGCCAAGCACGUCAAGACGCAGAUGGAAGAGUCGGCUGGAGGCGGCCAGGAGGUCGGUCGCCUAGUGUUGGGCGAGUUGGCUCACUGUCCACUCUACAUGCGCGAGUUGAAGACCUUCAGAGCCUUCCACUCGUCCAUAGCCAUGGGCACCAUGCUCGCCCUGGGCUGCUCCAUCUACUCCACCAUGAUCAUCGUGGACUCCAUGUGCCACUAGAGCCAUAGAGCCUUCAACACGGAACUACACCGCUGAGAUUAAACUGCGAGUCGAAUUUUAAAAUUCAAAUUCAGAAUUUUGCUCUAUCUCGGAUCGCGCAUCGUGAUAGUUUAUGAUUAGAUAGAGCUGUCAUUUGUUUAGGUAUCGCGAUGUUUUGUUUUGUGGUGGUGCUGAUUUUUGGCCCCUUUAUUAAUGAUCGGUGAUAUCGAUUAAUUUAUUGUAUUGUAGAGGGGUUUCUAAAAGAAAAGUGGGAGAUUUGACGAGGCGUCUAGUUCCGGAAAGAUAAAUCUGCGGAUUUGUUUUCUAUUAAAACAAUGUAGUAUAGGUGAAGUAUUAAAUUGUUUAUUAGGUAUAAGAAAAUUAUGGCUUUUGAGGCGCUGGUCGCAUGUAUCGUUUCCUAGAGAAACUUCGAGUGAGAUAUUUGGAUUAAGCCGCGGUUCCAUUGCUGCAGUUAGAGAUCGCAAUGAGUCGCUUAAAAAGGAAGUAGAUUAGAAAGAUCUUGCCAAGCUAUUCGUAACGACUGCUAACUAUGCACUCGUGCUAUGUUAAUGUUAAUUAAAUAAUUAUGUGGAAGCUGCCACAAGCUGACUGUAGGCUACUUGAUCAAUUAAAAGUUGCAGAUGGGACUCUCGUUGCCUGCUCUCUAAUUUCCUGCAAUUACUGCCAUAGUAAGUAGCGUAAAGUAUGUAAUCCUAAGUAGCGAUAGUCUUGCCAUCGUAAUGUUAAAAACACGGAUAUUAAGUCCGCAGGAAUUUAUGGAGCUAGCAACUACAAAUGUGAUAUCUGCUUAGCAAUUUUUGCAGUUAUAUUUCACUCUGUGUAUGCAGCAAGCAUAUUAAUGUGAAAUACUUAUAUGGAGUUGUCACUUCAGCAACUGUAGGGUCGAGAUACGAUGCAGUAUUAUAUUAGUAGAAUUUGUGCUAGUAAGUAAUCGAAUCAUGUGAAUGUUGUGUGUUUGAGUCUAGUCAUCACUCAGCAAGCGAAUCUUGUUUAGAUGAAAUAAAUGUGCUAAUGAAACCCGGGUUUAAUCGCGCGCAGUCGUGCAUGCGCUCAAGCAGCUUGCUAAAAUAUAUUAUGUUUAGCUCCAAUUUCUCCAUAGUUAGGUUAGAACAUAACCUCCCUGGUUAUUGCUUGACUUUUGACACAACUGUUAAGAAUUUAAUAUGGAGAUGACGUAGGUAUAAUUGAUUAACCUUUCCCUGGCUACGAUGUAACCGACUAUUGUGAAAUUGGAGCUUAGUAUUUUAGGUACUUGGGUUAAAUAACCAUAGUAUUUUAGUAAUUAGGCAUUAUACUAAAUGUAGAAAACCAUAUUUAUGUCAAUUACACAGUGAUAUUUAAAAUGACUUAGUAUUUUAUUGCUUUUAAAUGAUCUGAAAGUUAAAUGUAAGGUUUUGUUAUUUAUUUGAAAAGAUGAAUUUGAAAACAUUUAAAAUAAAAAAUCUUACUUGUGAUUA